AGAAAAAAAAAAAAGAAAAAAAAAGAAAAAAAAAGAAGAGAGAAAGAGAGGAGAGAGUGUGUGUUUGUUUGUCUUUGUGUGAUAGCCAGCUGCCUGCUACGAGCUAAGAGAGACUGCUUGACCAGGGUUUCUGAGGCGGAAACAGAGAGAAUGUGAUGUUGGUUGAGGAGCUUCACUGGUGAUGGAUACUCCAGAUAGAGAUAAGAACCACAACAACACCCCUUCUUCCCUCUCCAAAUUCGAGGAUUCUCCUGUCUUUAGGUACAUUAGUAGUCUUUCUCCCAUUGAACCUGUCAAGUCCAUUCACACUGGUCAUGUCUUCAACUCACUGACUCUUGCAUCCCCUUCGACAUUGUUUCCCUCCCCACAGAUUGGCUCUUAUAAGGAAUCUAGGUUUUCAGUUAGAAGGCCUCAAUUCUUGGAGGGAUCUAGUUCUGAUCUCCCUCAAAGUGAAAGUGAAAACAAAACAGCUGAAGGGGAUUUGGAUGUCGUGAAGCAAUCAGAUCCUCUAGAAAAACAACUGGAAUGUAUUACGAAUGAGGGUUCAGUUAGAGAAGCUACUUCGGAACCACAUAAUGAGGAAUUGGAUUUAGCUAUUGAGUUGCCGAAAACUUUGAAAUAUGAUUGUGGAAGCCCUGAUAGCAAAUUAUUGCCUUCUGAUGAGGCACCAGAAGAUGCUGGAGUCGAAGUUGCAGGUCCACAGGGAUCUUCUGCUGAUUACCAUAAGGACAAAAUGAAAGAGAGGCAAACUUCAUUUGAAAGUGAGAUAAAUUUGCGAAAAGUGUGUCAUGUUAAGCAAAAUGAAGAAGUAGAAGGAUAUGAUUGGAUGAAAAUGGUUUCUGAUGCAGCUGAUCUCUUGAACUUUAAUUCACCCAUUACCGGUGAACAUUCUGAAGGGCAGAAUCAGAAAACUGCCGAUUCUGGUACUCUUUCUUAUAUAUCCACCUUGUUACAGCUGCCACAAGAUCCUACCAAUGAAUUUGAGAAUGUGGAAGAUGGUUGUCCUGGUGGUUUCUGCAAACAAAGUGAAAUGGGAGAACCAGUGGCAGAUCAGAUGCAGGCCAUUCUAUCUUCCAGUAUACUGGAUAAUGAUCCAAGUUUGAAAGUGGAUGACAAGGGGGAGACUUGCAGCCAAUUCAGUAGUGAGCAGCGUAGCAUACGAAGGCGCUGUCUGGUGUUUGAGAUUGCAGGAUCUCAUAAAAGGAAGCAAUUACAAGAGUGCAGUUCUCCAACCUCACAGGGAUCUGAAUUUAAGGUUUGCAAUACUGAAAAGAAUUCUGUUUCAACAAAGACAGGAAAUAGUCAUUCGCCAACCGUUCCACGUGGUAUUGGCUUGCACUUGAAUUCUCUUGCAAAUAGCUCAAAAUGUGGAAAACUUGUUGAGAAUGAGACUCCAACUUCUGGAAAGCAAUCAAUAAGCCUGUCAGGCUCCUUGAUGUGGUCUAGUUUUCGGACCGCAGAAAAUCCUCUCAAUAAAUCCUUGCCUCCAAGCUCGAUAAACAUGAAUGUGGUUCCUCAUAGCAGUGAAACUAUGGUUAUUGAAGAAUCUCCCCAGAUGUCAACUGCUUUUGUUAGUAAUGAGGCUGACUGCACUAGUCCCAGGAAGAAGAGGCAUAAGCUUGAACAUGAGGAGAGUGCAUCAUGCAAGCGCUGUAAUUGCAAGAGGUCAAAGUGCUUGAAGCUUUAUUGUGAAUGCUUUGCUGCUGGUCUGUACUGUAUUGAGCCUUGUUCAUGUCGAGAUUGCUUCAAUAGGCCUAUACAUGAGAACAUUGUUCUAGACACUCGCAAGCAGAUUGAAUCUCGUAACCCUCUAGCAUUUGCGCCCAAAGUGAUUAGAAGUGCAGACUUGGAUGCAGAUUUUGAGGGCGAAAGUAACAAAACUCCAGCUUCAGCCAGGCAUAAAAGAGGAUGCAACUGUAAAAAAUCAAGUUGCUUAAAGAAGUAUUGUGAAUGCUUUCAGGGUGGUGUUGGAUGCUCACUUAGCUGCAGAUGUGAAGGAUGUAAAAAUACUUUUGGUCGGAAGGAUGGAGCUGAUGUAGCCGAAUCUGAAGAGGAGUUUGAUUCCUGUGAAAACAAUGCUACAGAAAUUAAUUCAAGUGACAAUGCAAUCAAGAUGAAUGAUCAAGAAUGUUCAGAUCUUUCAAAACCUUCCUCUGAAAUUGAUAGGCCCCUGAUUCAGCAGCCAUUUGCUUAUAUUGGGAAGCCUCAAGGAUCUCUUCCCUGUGCUGUUGCUUCAUCUUCUCAGUUGUGCAUAACUGGAAAACUUGGGAUUUCAAAAUUUUCCUCAGGUCAGACCAGGUUUAAAACAUCUCUUCAGGCGAUCCCAGAAGGCGAAACUCCUGAGGUUCUGAAAAGUGAUUGCUCAUCUCCAGGUCAAGUGAAGGCAACCUCUCCAAACUCCAAGAGGAUUUCACCUCCACACCAUGAGUUUGGUUCAUCAACAUCUUGGCGUGGUGGUAGAAAGUUGAUAUUGAGAUCUAUCCCACCAUUUCCGUCACUCUCCUCAGCAGAAAAGUAGUGAUUUUCCUGAAUUCUAGUUCUCAGUUUCUUCACCAUGCUGGCUGAUGUUCCCUAAUUUUAUGAGUUUUUAAGGCAAUUAAGUAUGUCUCAGUUCUCAUGUAGAGUAAUAAUGUUCUCCCACUGUUUGUGAUGCUGUUAAUGUAUUCAACUCUUCGUCUCCAAACAACUCUCAAACCCCAUAGAAACGACUGCCGCCUUUUUCAAGAAUGUUGUAUAAGUCGAACCCUGUUACAUU